AUGUAUUCCAAGUUCGGCAGACGGUGAGUUAUUCUGGAGGCUAUCUGGGCGUGGAUAGGAGCUGACAACCGUUUGCUAGCGCAUCAUCGGAAUACAGCUGCGGGCUUUGGAGAUCCAGAUUCAUCCAGAUAGAAAUAUGGGACAUCAUUGUCUAUAUUUUUGAUGGAGUGGAUCUAGAAGGCAAGACGUUCGAAUGAGAUUUCUUGCUGAAAUCUCCUUUCAAUGUAAAUCGAGCAUCUAUUUGAAGAGAAAAAAAAGGGAAAUCGAGAUUUUAUGGAGCUUACAACGCACCGCUAUGGAUCAAUCGAGUGGCCCGCCAAAUUCUACUUCCGAUCAUGCAAUGUUCUUCUAUAGAAGAAAUUAACUUCAGAUAUUCUUCAGUAAUAUGGAUAAAUUAUUGGAGUUUGGAAGGAAAGCUUGGUUCGUAGUCAGAGUGCUUUCUGGAUAUGAAGAGAGAAGAAUCCGAUCUUACAGAUUGCAACUUCAAAGACGACUUGAACAGGCACAACAAAGGAAGGUUGCUUUAAGAAAGAUCCCAGAACAGGCUAUUUUAGCAGAGGUUCGCCGCAUGGUUGAGGAGAUGCAAACGCUGAACCAAAAGCUGGAAGAAACGGAAGCUGCCAUUGAAGAGUACUUCAAGCCAAUCGACAAGGAGGCUCAGAUAAUAAUGAACAUUCAGCUGGAAGGAGAGGAAAAGACCAUGAGGGAGAUGAUGAAAGCCAUGCAAGAGCAAGCUUUGCUUGAGAAAGCUGCUGCAGAGAACAUUGCUAAAGCUGGUAUUUCAGAUGGAAACCACCACAACCAAGAUACAGCAUCCAUCCCUGCCACAGUAUCCACUCCUGCCAGCCAGGCCAAGUAGAAGAAACGGUUUGAGAAAACCAAAAUCAGCUACAGAUUGAAGGCGAAUGCCAAUGCAUAUCACAUCCAAGGAUAUGAUUCUCCAAAGUUCUAGCAUUCAAACGGAAUUUAGUUUCAAGGGUCCAGAGAAGAGUAAGACUCCGGCUAUGACAUUCAUUUCAUAAGACAAGGUAUUUUCUUGUCAUUUAUAGAAAAAAGGAGUUCCUUUUCACUGUUGUUGUUUAAGUAUCAUGAGUACAUGUUAUUCUCACAUUCUCGGAUGGGUACGAUGAUUAACUGGCAUAGCCACCAGGGGCAACCCGGGUUUUCUUUUUCCUAA